AUGUUAACGCAUUCACAGGAGAAAGCAAAUCUCGCACGCCUCCGCGAUAAUCAGAGACGUAGUCGGGCCAGAAGGAAGGAGUAUCUCCAGGAGCUCGAAGCGCGAUUGCGACAAUGCGAAUUACAGGGCGUCGAGGCCUCGUCCGAGAUCCAAACCGCGGCGCGAAGAGUGGCAGACGAGAAUAAGAAGCUGCGGGCCCUAUUGGCGCAACGAGGCGUACAAGACGACAGCAUCGAGGCAUAUCUACAGAAAUCCGCGCCGACGCCAGCGAUGGGUAUGGGGACAGGGAUGGGGGGUGGGCAGUAUGGAAGCCAGAGCGCCACCGUACAGGUUCUAGAGCAGCUGCUUUCCGCACGCAGGCCAUGCUGUGUAGAGGGGACCGAGCCGAUGGCUGCGCCCUUUGAUCGAGAUAGCCUUGGUGGCAGUGUCACGGCGACGCAAUCACACUGGGAUCCAGCCUUUGCUCAGGGUACAAGUGGGAGGCGGUCCGGAACUCAGCAGAGUAGGAAGAUUCUAUCACCUCAGCAGCUCAUGACACCUAGUGCAAGCACGACCAGCCGGACGAGCACAAAUAGUCUGGGACAUGAUCCCACUCCAGGCGGCUCGCGUUACCAGAUACCUCGCAAUCUCAGUCCGGCUUCGAACCCGUCGAGCCAUAGUCAGAAACUGUUCGAUUAUGAUGAUUUCUUGUCAUCGGAUCAGGUGUAUCCCCAAAUUCAAGAGCCUAAGCAGUUGCCUUACCAGCCUACCCAACCAGGACCCCCAAUAUACAUACAGAAAACAGAAAGCCCGAACGUCAAUAGCUGCAACUACGCAGCAGAAAUGAUUACAACGAUGGCGGGAACGACCGACCACUCCGCUGUCAGAGCAGAACUAGGCUGUGUAGGUGGAAUGGACUGCGAAGUCGACAGUCAGCUAGUUUUUAAUGUGAUGGACAGGUAUUCUGGUAUUGGUUUAUAA